UACCCAACCGUGCGCCCGGGGCUCGACUUUGGCUGCGAAAGCGGCGAAGAAUGCCGCGCAAGCGGCGCGAGUUAUGAGGUGGGCGGCGGCGGGGGCCGACUGAAGUGAUCGGCGCCGGAGAGGCGGCGAGGUUUUAGCGGUGCGCGGUGUGCGAGCACGGCCGCCACGACGAAGCACGAGGGCGGCUCGUCGCUCAACUGGGACUGCAUGGCAGCCAUCAUGAACGGCGGCAAGCAGCCGGCCUCGAUGCCGCUGCCGCCGCACCUGGGCUCGGCGGCGGCCGGCUCCUGCUUCUCGGGACGAUACUCGCCCACGUACCGAGCCGCGCCCCCGGACCCCAUGCGGGCCAGGCACUGCGCCAUGGCUGCCAACGCCGCUGCGGCGCCCGCGUCACGUGGUACGUCAACUUGGGAGAAAGCAACUGGCCUCUAUGGCCAGAAAUCUAAUGGAGAGUUCAUGGUUAAGACCGAAGCAGACUCAUGGACCUCUAGGAAACUUCAGCUAAUGGACGAUGCCAUGCCGGAAGCGGAAGCCCACAAUCGACGGUGGCGCUGCUUGGCAGCAGCGCCACGGUUUCACUACGCGGAUAUGUCCUCUGGGCCCGAAGACCCGGACAACCGAUAUCGGAUGCAGAACCUGGGUAACUUCUUUCCCGGCCUGGAAGAAGCCGGCCUGAUGGGCCGCGCCGAAGCGCUGGUGGACAUCAGCAAGCACUCUCCCCCAACGGGCGCCGCGGCAGGGCUACCCAUCCGGCAUGACAUGAUGUACCACGCGAUGGGGCCUCCCGGAGGACCAGGGGCACCCGGCGCACCUCCCACGUCGCGCCCGGGUCCGCCUCACCACCAGAUGGGACACCACCCUUCCACCAUGGACGGUAUGGAUCUUCUCGACCCGCUGUGCCCGUCGUCGCUGCCUGGCCCGCUGGGCGCCAUGCAGGGCCCUCCGUCCACGGACGCUGUGGGCCACCAGCUGCCGCCCCUGUACGGCAUGCACGCCGGCGGCGCCGGGGGCGGCUUCCCCGGGUCGGCCGUGCACGACGCCGACUCGGACCCGCGCGAGCUGGAGGCGUUCGCCGAGCGCUUCAAGCAGCGGCGCAUCAAGCUGGGCGUCACGCAGGCCGAUGUGGGCCGCGCGCUGGCCAACCUCAAACUGCCCGGCGUGGGAUCGCUCUCGCAGAGCACCAUCUGCCGCUUCGAGUCCCUGACGCUGUCGCACAACAACAUGGUGGCGCUCAAGCCCAUCCUGGGCGCGUGGCUCGAGGCGGCCGAAGCGCAGGCCAAGAACAAGCGCACCGACCCGGACCUCCCGGGCGUGCUGCCGGCGGGUGAGAAGAAGCGCAAGCGCACCUCGAUCGCGGCGCCCGAGAAGCGCUCGCUCGAGGCCUACUUCGCCGUGCAACCGCGGCCGUCGGGCGAGAAGAUCGCCGCCAUCGCUGAGAAGCUGGACCUCAAGAAGAACGUGGUGCGCGUCUGGUUCUGCAACCAGCGCCAGAAGCAGAAGCGGAUGAAGUACUCGGCGGUGCAGCACUAGCGGCUCCGGUACGAGGCCGCGCGGCUCUCCACGGACGUGCAGUGGUGUGACUCGGCCGCGCCGCCAGCCGCGUUGCGUUGCGCGCCCGCGCUGGAGGUGGCCUGCCUCGGGGGCCAAAUGGCAUCGGGCCAGCAGGAAUACUGUCAGCAGAAUCAAAACACGUUCUAAAAUGUAACCCGCGGUAAAGAUGAAACGCGAAGCAGUCGCUGGGGUGUCGGAUGCUAACGUUUGGGCCCGUGCAACAACUUGUUGCUUGGGGUUUUAACUGAGUACACAUCCCUUUCCUGUUAUCGGUCUCAUGCAGACUCUUCUUGACCCCUCUCGUGAUGAACGCGAAUAACUGAGCCCCGAUUCCUGGAAUACAGUUCCCACGAAAAAAAAACCUCAUGGCGUGAGCGUGCAAAAGUCUGUAUACGAUGGUGGAGCACCGAGCCUUGGUGCUGAUACUCUGACAACUAUUUAUUUACCGAAGAAGAUCGUUUAUAUUCUACAGGAACACAAUAUUCUCAGCCCAGAAAGUGAGAGGGCUCUUCGUUUCCUUACUAAGUAAUCUGGAAUCUUCUCUCUAAAUGAUCGAAAAGUAAGUACCUCUGAACCACGUGAAAUUACAUUAUUAGGCCAGCUCAUCUUGUCAGAAAACACCGCCCAGUCUCGCGUCUUUACUUGCGAUUGCCGACAGGUACGUCACCUUUUCAACUAAGGAAAUUUAAAGGUUACGGUGCGAAAUCGUUGUUCUGCGGCAGCCAUCUCCAGUUGCUCCGCGGCGAGCGACAGCCGAACAAAAAAGAAAAGACACGCAACGCCGGCAACUACGGGACUUCACGCAGUGAAUGACUGCAGCAUGUGUUCGUGACAGUGAAAUGGGACUUCUAGGCUGGAGCAACAGCGAUCAUACGGCGCGAAUACGUGCGCCUGCCUAGUCGAUCCAGCCGUGCACGGAGCUUUCUCUCAUCCUGUCGGCCGAAGCGUAUCCCGAGCCGUGAAUUUACAGCGCUUCUCCUUCCGCGCGGAGCGUCUCAGCAACGAGGCGGCGUUCGAGCGGUCGUUACCAGGAGCCGGCAGUGUGCUGUCGUGUGCGACUGACUCUGACCUGACGCGCCUCUGACGUCCUCGUGGCCCGACUUGGCUUCCCUGUCUGUCGUCCCAUUUCACGCGAAAGUUCAGUGUUGCGACUGUGUGUUUCUACGCGUUAUAUAUAAUUUAAUUUAUUAAAGACGGAGUGGCUUGUUCGCCAGCCUUCUGGCGCGGCAGGAUUACCGAAGGGCGAUAUUUGUCGGAAGCGCAGCGUACCAGCACUGUCUGCACAUGAGAGAGGAGGCCUCCGCAUGUCAGCGUGAGGUCACGUGUGUGAUGCGGGCAUAGAAUUGGGCUUCACAAAGCAGGUAAACUGCCGUGCUCCCAGCAACAAAUCGAACGCCGCUGCUUCAUGACGUCCCAGCUGUCUCAUCCUUACACCAAUCUGUAUUCGGCCAAAGACGUAAAAAUUAGGAGGUGUUCAAUCUCUUCUAGAGGGUACUGAGUAGCCUUCAAGAGGCUUGCUUCUUAAUACGGCUGAUUUCACGUCUCGCGAACCUCACCGAGGCGAUCAGAGGUAAUGACUUGGCAUUAUUCCUGGGUUUUUGGAGAGGCUUCAGUUUGACUUGCUCGGUGUGUAUUACGUACGGUAUCUGGAAAACUUACGCGUCCCAAAAUGUGUCUAAUGCAAACGUUUGUCAAAUCGUGUGAGGAAAUCAUACUUUCUCUCUUCAUUUCAUGGGAACGUGAAUAAAUACAUUCAUGCUGUCUGCCCAUGCUUUCGCAAUAAGAGCAUGGUGUGAUUGGGCAUUACACAUGGUGAAAGAAAAGCGUUGUUUUGGGUAAUGUUGCCUUAUACGUUUCUUAGCGCUAAGUGUUGCAGAAUAUUCUUGUUAU